CGACCUCCAACUAUGAAGCGGUCGCAGGAAUCCCCGGCGCCGGCUGCGCCCUCGAGUUUGCCUCCAGCCUCGAAAAAGCUGAAGGUAUCACCACGUGAAUCGCGUGGUAUUAGCACUCAAGACCCACAAGACGUCACAGGAAGCUCCGAGGACGGAUGGACGAAGGUCGAGAAGCGAAAGGCGAAAAAGAUGAAGAAGGUUGAAGGAAAAUUUGACGCGAGCCCGCCAAAGUUUAUGUACAACAAGGGUGAACUUCUGAAGCGGCGUGAAGCAAUCGGAAUAUCAGAUAUUCGAGAUUUGGUUCUACAUCUUGCUGCAGACGCGCCGCCGCCAGGCUGGGUGCGCGUAGAGAAUCCUCGUUCUGUUCAAAAAGUUGUCGCUCUCCUAAUACCUGGUCUGACGCCGGACCUUCUGUCUCUCCCGCCCCUCCCUACAUCCGCAACUUCGAAUCCCCACUUACCUCUUGAGAUACCCUUGCCAAGAACAGAUGGACCAUCAACAGGCGUACCGUUUAUAGCGAAGACCUUCAGCCACGCCUGUCCAACCCAAGCUCCGGGAGAUCAGACGAGGAUGCACUCUGUGCUCAGUGAAUUCUUCCAGGCCCCGGUCUCUGGUGAGGAGAAGAAGCGAAGGAUACUGGAGAGAGUUUCUUCAGAGCGUUCGCAAGAAAAGUCGCCAUUGCGAUAUCUGCUAACGACCGAGCAAAUGCUGGAGAACGACUAUCCCGUCCCCUCGUAUAUCGCGGAGACAUUCGAGAAGACGGAAGGUUGGGUCGAGACACCCAAGCCAUCGGAAGAGUCUUUGACUAACAAGUCGCUCCGCAUAUUUGCGAUAGAUUGUGAGAUGUGUCAAACGGAGGAUGGCAAGGAAUUGGCUCGCGUCUGUAUCAUCGACUAUGCCUCAGGUGUGGUCAUCUAUGACAAGCUCGUGAAACCGCAGAAGCCAGUUACGGACUACCUCACAAGGUGGUCAGGUAUCACGGAAGAAGCACUUCGAAACGUCACUACGACAUUCAGGGAAGUACAAUCUCACGUGCUUGCCUUACUCUCCGUCUCUCCAACACCGGUGCUCCUCGGCCACUCGCUCGAGUCCGACCUGAAGGCUCUCAAAAUCUGCCAUCCACGGUGCAUUGACACGGCGGUGACGUAUCACCAUCCGCGCGGCAGGCCGCUCAAGCCUGGUCUUGCAUGGCUGACGAAGAAGUGGUGCGGGCGUGAGAUCCAGAAUCGCGGAGAGGGUGGGCACGACCCUGAGGAAGACGCGAGGGCGUGUCUGGACUUGUUGAAGAAGAAAGCUGACAAUGGUCCUGGAUUCGGCGAGUUCAAGGUCGAUUUCGAAUCGAUAUUCGAGCGUAUGUCGCGGGCACGAAACGGUGCUGUGUCGUCAAUCGUCGUCGAUCAUGGAAGCCCAGCAAACUGGCAUGGCUCGAAGGCGACUACAACUAUCGCUUGUAAAACCGAUAGCGAGGUGCUGCAAGGUCUUCUGGGCGCGAUACCCUCGCAUACGUUCUCGUUCAGCCGCUUCACUGCGCUAGCAGACGCUCGUGGCUGGAUCACAAAUAGGUCGAAUGCUGACACUACUGUCGAGGCUGCACCUGCCACUCCCGCUCCUGCCCCAGACCUCUCUGGCAUCCUCGCGACAUUAGACUCGCAGCUCAAGGAGCUCUACGAUUCUCUGCCGUCGCGCACUGCGGUGAUCAUUUUUACCGGACACUCGGAUCCCAGGCACAUGGCCGAACUUAACGCGCGUAAGUCUGCGUUCGAGACAGCAAUCCGUUCGGGGAAGAAUCCGGAGGAGCUUGGUGACAUCAAGUGGACGAGCGCGGAUGGACGGGCGUUGGAAGAGGAGGUGGGGAAGGCGAAGAGGGGACUGCUAUUCCUCGGCAUCAAAGAUCCGAAAUAGCUGUUGUACGUCUCCGGCUUUGCUCGAUGCACUAUUCAGACUUUCCUCUUCGCAUCACACCGUGCACAAAGCUUGCGUUCACAGCGUUCACAGCGUUUCGGCUGCUAGUGAGCAUGUAUAUUCCAAGUUUUACUGCUCUCGCGACCACAUAGCCCAAACUUUG